AUCCAAAUCCGCGCACGCGCAAACGGUCGACGUGAUGACGCGAUUGGGCGACAGGCGAUUACAAUGACUGGAUUUCUCUUUCGUUGUCAUUUGUCGUCUUCGGAAGGUCGUAAGACUGGCAGGAAAACUUGGCAGUGCGAUGAUGAAGCGGUAAAACAAGUCGCGCGGGGAAAAUGUCGAGCCCGGAGUACGGGGAGCUCGGGGGCAGCCUGCCCGCCAUCGCCUCGCUGAACGCGUCGUACUCCACCUCGCUGUCGCUGCCGUCCCCGUACCUGCUGCUGCCGCCGCCCGGCGAGCGCAAGCUCAUCUCGGACGCGCGCCGUACAUUCUGCCUUUUCGUCACCUUCGACCUGCUCUUCAUCUCGCUGCUGUGGAUCAUCGAGCUCAACAUCUCCAGCACCAUCUGGGACCGCUUGGAAAAGGAAGUCAUCCGCUACAACUUUAGGUCUUCCUUCUUUGACAUCUUUCUCCUGGCGCUGUUCCGCUUCCUGUGCCUGCAGGUGGGUUACGCCGCCUUCCGGCUGAGGCACUGGUGGGUGAUCGCGGUCACCACCCUCGUGACGAGUGUCUUCCUCGUCGUGAAGGUCAUCGUUUCUAACCUUCUUUCCCAGAAUGCAUUUGGCUAUGUGCUGCCUAUCACCUCCUUUGUGGUGGCCUGGCUGGAGACCUGGUUCUUGGACUUCAAGGUGCUCACACAGGAGGCGGACGACGAGCGAGCUUACCUGGCAGCGGUUAACGCCGCUUGUGAGCGCGCCCCCAUCAUGUACCCUCGUGCCAUGUCUGAUGGACAAUUCUAUUCUCCACCCGAAUCGGUUGCAGGCUCUGAGGAAGAUCUCGACGAGGAGGGUCUCGGCCGGCGCGCCGUCACCGCUCAGGAGAAGGAGUUUGUGCGACAAGGACGUGAGGCCAUGACCAUCUUGGAGCAGAUCCUCGCCCAGGAGGAGAACUGGAAGUUUGAGAAAAACAACGACAUGGGUGACUCCGUCCACACCCUGGAGAUUCCAUUCCACGGCAAGACGUUCAUCCUCAAGGCCUUCAUGCAGUGUCCUGCUGAGCUGGUGUACCAGGAAGUCAUUUUGCAGCCCGAGAAGAUGGUCCUGUGGAACAGAACCGUGUCUGCCUGCCAGAUCCUGCAGCGGGUUGACGACAACACGCUGGUGACGUAUGACGUCUCGGCCGGGGCGGCCGGAGGAGUGGUGUCCGCCCGGGACUUUGUAAAUGUCCGGCGGGUGGAACGUAAACGUGACUGCUACCUGUCUGCCGGUAUAGCCACCGAUCACGACGCCAAGGCGCCCAGUGGACGUUACGUCAGGGGAGAGAAUGGUCCUGGCGGAUUUGUGGUGCUCAAAUCCAGCAGCAACCCGUCCGUCUGCACGUUCAUCUGGAUCCUCAACACGGACCUGAAGGGUCGAUUACCACGUUACCUUAUCCACCAGAGUCUGGCUGCCACCAUGUUUGAGUUCAUGUCCCACCUUCGCCAGCGCGUUGCCGAACUGGGGCCCGCCAUGCGCUGCCACCGCCAACACCACGCGUGCUAGGACCAUGACCACGACAAAGACGGGAAGGAGGCGUCCCUGCGACUCGGGCAGACGUGACACACGUGAGCACGCGUUGGCCACACUUUGGCAAACAAUGCGGCCAUUAAGACAGAACUUUUUUCUGAGCCUUCUUCUGCUUUCUUUGGUCUGUUCUUUCACUUCGUCUGGUGCGUUCUCGCUAAACACUUACUCUACUUGACCACAAGAGGGAGACAGCACCAGCCGAAGCUGAUCUCCUUGCCUUUGGAUGCCAAAAAAAUAAAUUUAAAUAAAAGGCUGCUAAAUUGGGUUGCAAAGUUGUGGAAAGUUUCCAGUAAAUUUCCAUGGUUAUUUAAGAUGGGGGGUGUAAAUAAUCGCAAUUGGAAACUUUCCAAAGGAUUUAACUGGGAAAUGAGGGUAAUUUAAUGGAAAUGUAAAAUAUUCUAGCAUAAUAUAAUAAUUUUGUAUUGUCAUAAGCAGACAUCCAUGCAAAAUAAAUAGCUCUCCUUGACCACAUGCAAAGGGGAUUACAGUACCUUAAUUCCUCUAUUCAUUUAUUUUAUUUUAUUAUUAUUUUUUUUUUUUUACUUCACUCAAGCAGCAGUGUAUCUGAAGCUUGCUCGUGCCUCCACUUUGGCCUCGCAACACAAAGCAAAAAAUCUACCAGACGACGACUCCUAACUGGAAAAACUUGUCCGUUGGGGCUCCUGUAAAUCUAGAUACCACUGUACUUGCAUGAAAUCUAGUUGUUUUAGUCUGGAUUAUGCUAAAAUAUAUUUCCCCCACCUAUAUUUAAAUUCCCUAUUUAGAGCCAACCUUCAAUUUGGUAAAUUGAUGGUUUAUUCCCCUUCAUUCACAUUAAUUCCCAUACAAUCCUGUUAAUUCCCAGGAAAAGUUUACAACUUGGAAAAUUCCCAGAACUUUGCAACUCUAGUACCAAUCGCCAUUUGUAGUUCAAUAACAGGACAUAGCUACAAUAUCCAAGAGCCUGAGUUCACAUCAAUAAUUCAUCUGAAGCUAUUUGAUUGUUCUAUAAAAAAAAAAAAUAGAAAAUGUAAGCCACGCUCCACCUUCUUUAACAUCCCCGCAGGCAUAGUGGACCUCCUAUACACACUCUUCAAAAAAGUCGGUUUGUGUAGUUAUGCAAAUAUUUGAAUUUAAAUACAAAAAUAAUAUAAAUUAAAGCUAGGAGCUGUGAGGAAUGGGCCAUCAGUAAAGCCCCCCCCCCGGAUUGUCAUCAACACCCAGUACCCCAGGAAUGGGCACCCAAGUUUGGGGAAAAAAAACCUAUAAAUGUAUAUGCUUUUCAUUCGGGGGCAUUUCAGUCCUCUGUGGUCCAUACUAAAUUAAUGAAAAAUAUCAUGCAGCGAUGGAACAAAUGUUAAUUAUUACAUAUUACGAGCAUUUGUGAGGAUGGCCAGGGCUAGUUUAGCACAAGUAUAAACACUUAACAAUCAGUCUUUUAAGAUGUUAGUUUUGUGGAAAACCACAGAAACAUUGUUUUGGGAGGUUUUUUUUUUUCUGAUAAAAGCAGCAUAUCAUGAUAACAUGUGAUGAUCCUGGCCAAAGGGAACUGAUUGUUCCACGCUCACAUUCACCAGCAGCAUGUGAGUGUGGAAAAUGUCAAAAAUUGUGUAAUGAUCCGUGGCAGCAUUUUCAGUGCCUUCAAUGCAAUCUUUGCUUUGUGUCUUAAUGAACACGCACUGUUUUAACACUGUCUCUCACACACAUACAUUAUUAUACUGUACUUGUGUUUACACAAACGUAUUCAUUUGAAGUCGUCACGACAAACUGACCAACUGUUUAUUUUUUUAGCGAGUGUCUAAUAAAUUGAUGAUUUCAUGUUACAAAGCCCUUA